UCUGAGGCGGAGUGUCUGCUGACGGUGAACCGUCUUGGCGCCCUCGAGACUUCAGAAAAGUUGACCAGUUUCGUCAAGCGAAACGACCGUUCCUCAACGGCCUUUUUCACCAAAACAGGGCUGGAUCAUGCUGCCUCUGGACAAGGCUCAACAGCGGAAGAGGAGGAAGGAGUGAAAGGGGAAAAAGAGGAAAAAGAAGAAGAGAAGAAUGAGGAGGAGGAGGAGGAGGAGGAGGAGGAGGAAGAAGAGGAGAGAAAAGAGCGUCAAGGGCUGGGCGACUCGGCGUCGGAUACUCACUCAACUCUGCUCUCUUCCGACCAGUUGGCUUGGCACUCGCAGACCGUCUGGCAGACUCUCGCCGGUCUCGCCGAGUCCGCCGCUCUCGUCACGCAGACUCAACACGCCGAACGACUGGCCUCGGUCGCCUCGAGAAGCCUUCACUUUGGCCGGUCGGCCUUCGGUACCGACUCUGUAGACGGCCCGGCUCGGCGAGUUCCGGCUCCUGGAAACUGGUGGGCUGGACUGUCGACGCUGUUGCGUGUCGGCAUAACGACUCGAGCCACGGAGACAGCCGAUCUGGCCGCCAGCGGUCUCGAAGGCACCGAUCGCCAAGACGUCGGAGCAGAGACGAGAGGACCUUCGGCGGUCUCGCUGUCCUGUCACAAUCUGACGUCGGAUGUUGGUCAGGCGAACUGUGCAGCAACCAAACUGGUAACCGGAUUGCUUCGUAGUCAAGGUGGAAGAAAAAGGAUUUUCAUCUAA